CAAACCCGUCUAACACACUGGUCUUUAAUAGUAUCUCGUCGGUGGCCCAUGCCCUAGUUUCCAUCCAACCGAGGGUUUAAUCCGGAUCAGAAUAUACUUGUUACAUGAUUUUUACGCUCGCACAUAACUCCAAAAAAUGAUUAAAAAAUUGUUGGAACAAUUGUUCUUAAGAAACAAAGUAAAAAACAAACAAGAAGCCUUGUACUUUAGACGAAAACUCGCGAUAAUUUAUGCUAUCGUGGGAUGGAAUACGUUUGGUAUUCUGUUUUAUAAAAUUGUAAAACAUAAAAUCCCAGAAGACCCUACAGAACGAAGAAUGUCUUAUGGACUUUUAAGUGAGAAACCUAGUAGUAUGCGUGUAUAUCAAAUAACAGGACUGACAGUCACCAAUGAUUUUGAUAUUGCAUACAAGGAUAUUACUCAGGAAAAAGAGAAUAAUGAAGAAGAAUGAAAAAUA